AUGACCCAUUUGCACAAACUCAGAACAGCAUCUAUUCUCAAAUGGGUUUCUUCAAAUUUUGAUAAAAACCACUUUAGAUCGACAAGAACCCCAAUUCACCCAAUUGGGUAUUUCCCCAUUGUCCAAAACCCUAGGUUUUACACAACUAAAAGGGAUUCUGUGACUCAAAGUUGUGAAAAAGGGGAUACUACUUCGACUGCCAUUGCUAAUGGCAAAAGUGAUGCUCAAAUUUCUCGUGCUAUUAGAAAAGAAGCGGAAAAUGCAUUGUUCGAUUAUUUGUAUUUUACUAGAUACUUACAGUUUGCAGAUGCAGAGAACAUGAGUAAAAACUCCCCACAUUUUCUCAGGAAGCUUGUAAAAUGUGCUGGUAAUGAAAAGGGAUAUGGGGGUUCAAUUGCUCGUUUCUUGCGUUACCACCCUAUUAAUGAAUUCGAACCUUUCCUUGAGAGCUUGGGGUUGAAACCUUCCGAGUAUAGUCCUCUUCUUCCUCGCAAUUUGAUGUUCUUGAUCGACGAUGGUUUGUUGCUUCAUAAUUAUGCUGUUUUGUGUAAUUAUGGGGUUGCUCGUAAUAAGAUAGGAAAGAUUUAUAGGGAAGCUACUGAAAUCUUUCAAUACCGUGUUGGGGUGUUACGAUCAAAGCUUGAAGCUUAUGAAGAACUAGGUCUCAGCCAGUCUGAUUUGAUUAAGCUUGUUGUUGCUAGUCCUAAUCUUUUAAGUGGGGUCGUCAAUGCCAUGUUGUUCAAGGUGUUGGAAAAACUGAAGUCUGUUGGAUUUGAAACCAGUUGGAUUAUAGGGAACUUAUCGGAAGAAAAUUCUUAUAAUUGGAGCCGGUUGCUUGAAGCUCUAAGUUUUCUGAGUAAGAUGGUUUGCAGCGACAAACAGUUGGGUGAAUUAAUUGGCCAACACCCACAUAUUUUAUUUGAGGGCUCAGGGGAAAAGAUGUUUUCAGUUAUUGGGUUCUUACUGAAAUUUGGAUCCACAAAAAGCCAGCUAUGCUCAAUAUUUCUGCAAUUUCCACAGAUUCCAGUUGUGAAAUUUGUUUCAAAUUUGAGACAAUGCAUUUUGUUCCUGAAUGAGAUUGACAUGAAGGUUGCAGAGAUUGGAAAGUUGAUUCGUUUUCACCCCUUGCUACUGGGUUCAUGUGCUUUGAAGAAAACGAACACCUUACUUCUUCACUUGAAAGUUGGAAAGAAGAGCCUGUGUAGAUACAUACAGGAGAACCCUCAAGAAUUGAAGAAUUGGGUUUUAGGUAAAAGACUUAGGCCAUUAGAGAACCGUAGAUCAAUAACAGAGAAGACUACUAUGUUCUGUUGUUAG